UGUUCGUUAUUCAUUAAUAUGUCAGAUGAUAGUCUUUAAGUUUAUGAGAUUAAAAUGAUUACAUUUAUUUGUAACAAGAAGGGACAAACAAAAAUAUGCAGAAAUGAAAGUUACUCAACAGAGGAUUCGUAUGAAUGAGCCUCACUGCGCCCCCUGGAGGAAGAGACUUUCGUGCCUCGAGUUCCGUAAUAACACCGUCUUUAGGACAGAAAGGCGUAUUUAAAUAGAUAUUUUAUUUUCACACAGAGCCAACAGAUAUACAAAAUUAUAUAGAUCAAUUUCACGUGUAUUUAGAGGAAGAAAGUGUUUGGGACGGGAAUAGUAAUUCUGCUGCAAACAUUGAGUGUUUUGGAGACCACGCCGAGUAAACACUGAACAAGAUACAUAUCUGCAAUCAAAUCCAUUGAUUAAUCUACCACAGACCAUUCUUGAUGAUCUGAGAAGUGAUUGAAACUCAUGGCAUCAGCUCAACCACCAAACUUUUCCUGGGUGGAUCCUGGUAAGGUGGCAGGGCUGGCAAUGCCCAGAAUGACCGCCCAUUAUCAGUACCUGCUUAACAAUGGCAUUAAGCAUCUGGUGACCUUGAGUGACCGCAAACCUCCUUACCAUGACACCUGUCCAGACUUGACCCUUCACCACAUCAAGAUACAUGACUUCUGCGCUCCAACAUUUGAUCAGAUCAAGCGGUUCUUGUCUAUAGUGGAGGAGGCCAAUGCAAGAGGAGAGGGUGUUGCGGUGCACUGUAUGCACGGGUUUGGAAGGACAGGAACGAUGCUCGCCUGCUACCUGGUGAAAAGCCGGAAAAUCAGUGGAAUUGACGCCAUUAAUGAGAUCAGAAGCAUUAGGGGAGGGUCCAUUGAAACCAGAGAGCAGGAACAAAUUGUGGUGCAGUUUUAUCAACAAAACAAGCUCCGGCCUCCAACUGUGAUUGGUCAGUUCCACACCCUGUUUUUUGGCUCUGUGCGCAUGUUCUUCCUGGGUGUUCUGGGGUUUGCAGUUUACGGGAAUGAGGCCCUUCACUUUAGCUGUGAUCCUGAAAGACGAGAGCUCAACAUCUUCUGUUACAAUCAGUUUAGACCCGUGACGCCCCAGGUGUUUUGGGCUCUUCAGCUGGUGACUGUGCUCGUUCCAGGGGCUGUGUUCCAUCUUUAUGCGGCCUAUAAAAACAUUGACCAAGAGGAUAUUCUUGAACAACCAACAUACACUGUGUUCUACAUCAUAUCUGUCCUCUUGCGAAUCGUCCUGGAGGUGGCAGCAUUCUGGCUUCAGAGUCGCCUCUUUGGAUUCCUGGUUCAUUCGUUGUACUUCUGUGAUGCCAGUUCACUGGAGAAAGCUUUCAACUUGACCAAGUGUAUGGUCCCCGAGCACUUCGAAAAGACCAUCUUCCUCAGUGCAAUGUACAUUUUCACCAUUAUCACCAUGAUUUUGUGUAUGGCUGAGAUAUUUGAAAUACUCUGCAGAAGGCAGGGCUAUCUAGCAAAUCAAUGACAACCAUGAAGCAUGCAUCAUUUCCUAAUUUCCAUUCAGGUUUUAUCGCAUUAUUCUGGGAAAGGCAGAAAUAGGCCUUUGUAAAUAUUUUGCACAUUAAUAAGCUUUGAACUAUAUUCUUCUGUUCAUUUAGUCUUUUUCUGAUCACCGCAAUGCUGACUGUGAUCACUGUCUUGUAAUGCUCUUGUAAUGAAACUUAGCCCUUCUUGUUUUAUGUAUUUUUGUAGAAGUGUGUUUAAUUAACAUUAUGUUGACAUUAAACUAUUUAAACUAGUCAAUCUCUCAUGACCUCACAUAAACAGUGGGGUCAAAAUGUCUGAGACCGCAUUGAAAAUCUGAGAUUAUUUUCAAUGAAAUGUGGAAAACAUUUUAGAGAGAAAGAGAGAGAGAGAGAGAGAGAGAGAGG